AUGGAGACCUACCACGGCCAUGUCCGCACCCCUAACGAUGCCAUCAUUCUCUUCGAGGCCUGCCGCAUUGGCAUAUUACCGCGCGUCCAGCGUCGCUUGUCCGAAAAGGAGCGCCAGCAGAUCAAGUCCGGCUCAGUAUUCGUCUGGGAUGAGCGCGAGGCCGGCAUGAGACGAUGGACCGACGGAAAAUCAUGGAGCGCCAGCCGCGUCUCUGGCAGCUUCCUCACAUACCGAGAAAUGGAGGGCAAGCGAGGAGGCAGCGCUGUGCCUACUCCGCCUGUAGCAAAGCGCGCAAGCGGAAAGUCGCCAGACGGCUCAGCAAACGGAGACUCUGAGGGUGAGGGACCAGACGGCUACCGAUACAAGCCCGACGGUCUGAUGAAGCAGUCCUUCAGCAUCACCACACAGAGCGGACAGCACCUCCACCUCAUCAGCUACUACUCGCGAUCAAACUCCAACAACCUUCCCCAGCCCACAAACGACGCCCAGCUGCGACACAUCCGACCGCCCAAGAACAUGUACCCAGAGUCUGCAGUCAACGAGACUCAAUCGGUGCCUGCCGUCACUCGCGGCCCCAUGCCGGGUUCCCCAUACAAUGCUCCAGGCCACAGUAUGGCCCCCUCUUCACCCUACACACGCGGCGGCCCUGUCGCGCCCAUGUAUGCCGUCCCCAUCUACCCUCCUACGCCUCCGAAUGGCUCUUCUCCAUUACACGCGUACUACCCACAGCACCCUUACUUUUACCCCGGCGUAGUCUAUGCACAGCCCCAAUAUCACCCCCAGGCCCAUGUCUUUGACCGCGCGCCGCCGCCAAUCGCUCAUCCUCACGCUCCCCAAGGUCAUCAUCCCAUGCUUAUGCAGCACCCCGCCUAUGCGGCUCACGCUGCUCACGCUGCCCAGCAGUACAUGACGACACCACCAUUGCGCACUCCAUCAGCCGCCGAGCACGCUCAACGUCAGCAACAUCUGCAGCGAGUCGGCGCGCCUGCUCCUCCAGCACCUGCACAAUCCAUUCCCGAGCAGGGCCCACAGUUGCCAGCAAUCAACGGUGCUGUCGCCUCGGCAGGUGCCAAUAGGCCACCAACCCCAGAAACUUCUGACAAGUCGGAUUCUCGCCCAUCAGAGACUAGCGGCGCCCCUGCUACCACAUCAGCACCCCCACCCUCGAGGCCGCUGCCAACGCUCGACUCGCUGCUCAAUGGCGACGUCCAGACCAAGGACAACCAGAGCACCAGCCGUUCUGGCAGCCGCAGCCCAAAUACUGCAUCGAGGUUUCCCCGCGAUCUGGCCCCGGAACGACUUGCCAAGAACAGCACAGCUGCCGAUAGCAGCGCACUGAACAAGCUCAACAGCGUCUUUGUCCGAUCGUAG